GAACCGGUAGCUUUUGUCCCACCUUCUAUGUCUUCAUAAUGGCCACCUUAUCCUCAUUUCCAGGAAUGUUCCCGUUUCAAGUUAUAUAUUCGCAAUACAGAGGCUCGCAAGGGUUUUUGUUAUCGGAUCUCAUUAUGCAAUUUACAAAGCAAGUGCUUCGACCAAAGGUUUUGUUGAUCAUGCUGGCCGUCACGGUAAUCAUGUUCGACUUGGAUGACUUGUUCGAUCUCGAAGGAAUCGAGUUUGAGGAAGACGAAGAUCCUCAUCAGCCAGAGGGCGAUAACCACGCACCAAGCGACCUUUGACCAAGCCAUUCAGUUGCCUAUUUACUCUCCUUUCAUUUUUCACAUGUAUCCUGUAUCUACGUGCCUUAGCAACUAUCUUGUACUCUUACCACUGACUUUGUCCCAAUCACGCCUGCACUCAACCUCAUUCUUGACCAUUGCUCAA